AUGGAGGGAACGCAAUCAGCACUGAGGAACAGACUGCAAUUUAGGAGUGGGCAUCAAGUGAAAAAUCAUGUGACAAAUGGAACAACAAGCAGAAAUGGAAGGCCCAGCGAGGAGGGGAUGAGCCCUCCCCAAGUGGAAAACACCUUCAUUAAAAUAACCCUGUUCGUAAUACUCAUAGUACACACACUGCUCAUCUAUAUUACCAUAAAAAUUAUGAAGAUGGAAAAAAUAAACCACAAACUGAAAGAAGAAAGUAUCAUUUUUCUCACAGAAAUAAUGAAGCUGAUAAUUUCCACCUUCUUUUAUCUACGCGAGAAUAAAUUCAAUCUAACAUCUGUGCGAGAAAACAUCACGGACACACUGACCAAGAAGAGAAGUUACGUUCUCUCCCUAACCGUCCCGACCAUCAUGUACUAUUUUCAAAAUAUAUUUUUUUAUAUCUCCAUGUCGAGCAUUUCUAUCCCCUUGUUCCAGCUACUCUACCAGUUUAGGAUCCUCGUGGUGGUUAUUUUCACUUAUAUCCUUCUCAAGCGCAGAAUAAAAAUAUCACAGCUUAUUUCUAUCGUGUUCCUGUUCCUCUCCUUGGUCUGUCUGAAGGAUUACGACUUAGGGAAUGACGCACACAGUAGAGGAACCUGGAACCCUCUUCCGUCAGAAGACAACAACUUGGGGGAUCUCAGAGGAAUUUUACUCUACAACAUGAAGACCAAAUCUCUGAAAAAGAGUACACAAUUCGACUUCUCCACUGCUUCAAGAACAUUAAAAAAAAGGAAAAUAUUUUUAAAUAUGUUGAAAAGAAAUUCGUGCCACCACUUCAAAUUGGACCCUGAUCCAGGUUCCGAGAAAAAUGGCUAUGAUAUAGAAAAUUAUUCCAGGAAAAUCUCGACAGACGGGGCUAAAAUUGACAUGGAAUCAUGUAAGGUCAGAAAUACAACAAGCGGUUUUACCAUUCCAUUUGAGAAUCCAUCCCAGAUGGAGCACACACCGAGUAACCUCAUGAAGCCGAAGAAAACUACCCGAAAUAACAUCAUAAUAGGUGUCCUGACAACCUUCUUGGCAACCUUCACCAGUGGGUUCUCCAGCGUUUUCCUCGAAUCACUGUACCUCAAAUAUAGAUACUCCUUCUGGUUUCAGAAUAUGUGCCUUGCGUUUUUUACUAUCAUUUUGAGUCUCUGUACUAACCACCUGGACAUAUCAUCAGUCUUUAGGAGGCUUUUCCCCGGGGGCGAAGCUGCGAAGGAAUUGGUCAUGAAGGAAAACAUCGUAACGGAAGAACAACGCCCUACUGGUGCACCCUCUCAAGGGGAGGAACAACCAGAUAAUGGGCCUCCAGAAAACGGAGUGACUCUUUUCUUUUUCAAACAUUUUAACUCGCUUAGGGAGUUUUUAUACGUUGCCUUGUUGAUAAUACUAAACAGCGUCGGGGGUAUCAUAACUUCCGUGUAUAUCAAACACGUGGGGAGCUUUUCCCGCUUCUUUGUCACUCCAUUCAGUUUGUUGUUUAAUAUAUAUAUAUCCUCCAUUUAUUUUAAAGAUUUUUGCUUUACUAUGAAUUACUUCAUUUCGCUUGUGUUUGUUUCUUUCUCUUUGUUUUUUUACUUCAAGGGACACUUUUAG